AUGAAACAAAAUGAAUCGAAGACGGAAGAAAAAUUAAUAUUUGGUCUCGUUAGCACAAGACAACCAACAAGCAACAAGGGAAUGAAAGAGAGGGAAUUAAUAGAUCAAUUUAAAUUGAAGUCAGUUGUGCGCAGUUCAUGUCCAACAAACGUGCUUGUAUUUCAAACUAAUUCUUGUUCCAAUUUUAAGCUCAUGAUGAUUGUAAACGAACAAUAG